AUGGCAGCCCCAACCAUUCCCAAGGAGAUGAAGGCCCUCCAACUGACCGCCCUCAACACCCCCUACGAGCUGCGCACCGUCCCCGUCCCGCAGCUCGUCAACCCCUACGAUCUCCUCGUCAAAGUCGCCGUGGCCUCGCACUGCCACACCGACACCAUGGUCGCCUCGGGCGUCUUCCGCUCCGCGCUCCCCAUAACGGGCUCGCACGAGGGCGCCGGCACCGUCGUCGCGGCCGGGUCGUCAGUCACCACUUUCGCAGUUGGCGAUCGCGUCAUGUGCGGCCUGCCGCUGCACCCGUGCGGUUCGUGCGCUGACUGCGUCGGCCCGAACGAGAAUGAGCGCCAGUACUGCGUCCAUGUCGCCGGCCACGUCGGCGUCCACGUCGACGGCUGCUUCGCUGAGUACGUGCGCGUCGACGCGCGUAGCACGACCCCGUUGCCCGACGCCGUCAGCCUCCUGUCCGCGGCGCCGGUUGCGUGCGCGGGGCGCACCAUCUGGCGCGGCGUGCUGCAGACGGCGCUCGUGCCGGGCGAGUGGGUUGCCAUCGUCGGGUCCGGCGGCGGGUUGGGGCACCUGGGCGUGCAGUUCGCCAAGGCGCGAGGCCUGCAAGUGGUGGGUAUCGAUGCGCGCGAUGAGGGACUGGAAUUAUCACGAACAUACGGCGCGGAUGCGGUGGUGGAUGCGCGCAAGGGCAAAGCGGACGUCGUGGGCGCCGUGCAGGCCGUCACGGGCGGCCGGGGCGCGGACGCAACGAUCGUCAUCUCGGACGCGGACAGCGCGGCGGCGCUGGGGGCGGCGGUCACGAAGAUGCACGGCACGAUGGUGCAGAUUGCGCAGCCGACGACGGUGGAUAUCCCUUUUGAGGAGCUGGUGUUCCGUGAUAUCCGGAUCCGCGGCAGUCUGCUGUGCUCGCCGGAGGAAAGCAGGGGGAUGCUGGAGGCGGUGGCGAACCAUGGAGUCGUGGUUAAGACGAAUCCGUUUCAGGGGCUGGAGAAGAUUGGGGAACUGGUGGAGCUGGUUAAGGGGGGGAAGAUUCAGGGGAAAGCGGUCAUUGUGGUUGAUCCGGCGCAGAUUGAGGAGGACAAGAAGUUGGGGGCGAAGUACUGA